AUGGAUCGUCCAUAUACAGGGUAUAAGUCCUUCUAUGGUCCCUUGGCAUCUCAUUUCCUCUUGGGAUACGUUUGUUUUAAUCUUUGUUUCACAGUGUCUGAACUCAGGAUUGUGCUGCUUGGUAAAACUGGAGCAGGGAAAAGUGCAACAGGAAACACCAUCCUGGGCAGAAACGCAUUUAAAGUGGCUCGGUUUUGCAAAUCUACAACUCAACACUGUGAGAAACAUGAGGGACUUGUGGAAGGAAGAAGCAUCACAGUGAUCGACACUCCUGGAGUUUUUCACAUGUUCAUCAGUGAAAGACAGGUGAAGGCAGAGAUUGAGAAGAGUCUGGAGAUGUCUGCUCCUGGUCCUCAUGUGUUUCUGCUGGUCAUCAGACUCGGGAGAUUCACAGAAGAAGAGAAGAAUGCAGUGAUAUGGAUUCAGAAAACACUUGGAGAAGAAGCAAAGAGAUUCACCAUUCUGUUGGUUACAGGAGCUGAUCAGUUAGAGAGACCAUUAGAAGACUAUCUACGGGAAAACCUAGAUAUACAGAAAUUAGUAGAUGAAUAUGAGGGAAGAUAUUAUGUCUUCAAUAACCUGAAGGAGGACAGAGAACAAGUCUCUAUACUGAUAGAGAAGAUCCCAGUGUUAGUGGACACGAAUAAAGAAGUUAACACCAAUGGGACGUUCGAGAGGGCUCCAAGAAGUAGAGUCAAGAGAAGAUAUUGGAAUUGUGCAUUUUACACUGUUAUGGUCGGUUUUGCAACCAUCUGUGUCUAUGUCUAUGGAACUGAUAAGACAAGAGCAGUAUGUUAUGGCUUGGUACUUAAGAUGUGGUCUUAUUCGUUUGGAGCUUUUUUGUAAAUAUUCCUUCCCUUUGUGAGUUGUAGCUUUAUUAGAUCACACUUUAUUUUGAAGGUCUGUUUGUUCAAUUUAAGAUACAUUGCAUCUAAAUGCUAACUAAUUGUCAUUGGAUUAUAAGUCGACUGUUAGGGUUAGGGUUAGGGUUUGUGUAAGUUGAUAUGCACUCACAGAGUUUCUUAUAGUCAGUUAAAUG